UUACCUCCACCACUUCGCGGAGGAGCAUCGCGUCUUCCACGGCGAAUACGGCAAGAAGUAUGCUGCGGAGCGAGAGAUGAAAAAUGGACAUGCGUUGGCCAAGAACUGCAAUAUUGCGCUGGAUCUGCUGCUGCCGGAGGACCCGCAAGUGCAACGGGCACGGAACAAGGAGCAGAAGAGUGUUCUCCCGCGUGUAGUAAUGCCGCCCGCUCCUGAAGAGCCAUCCACGGCUGCAUCGACACUAUCCCCGUCGACUCCAUCGGCCAGUCCGGUUGCUUCUUGCGUGUCGGGCGCGACACAAGAACCGUCGACUCGAGAAAGUCUCGCAGAUCAUGAAGAAGAACUGGAUCAUUGUGAACAAAGCUCAUCUAGUUCCAAAGGAGCUCCUCGUCCUGCACCAUCAUCAUCGCCAAACCUCGUUUCAUGUUCAUCUGGAUCUGUUCCCGACACUGAGCACCUCGAAGGUCCUCCCCAUUCCCCCGACGCACCAGCUAGCGAAAAUAAGCCAAACCUGGGGGAAGAAGGAAUUUGCGCUCAGAAAUUCUCGUCAGCAGAACAUGAAGACCAAGAUACUGAGCCAGCCGUGGAACAAGUCGAUGAAAAGCAGGGGCAAGAGGAUGUUCUCGAAGAAGCGAGUAUUGCAGAUGAACAUCAUGAGCAAUGCCACGACAGUACUUCCACCCAACCAGCUGGAGUAGACGAAGCAGCAAGUAAAAACAAGGAUCAGAAUAGCAGCACGGCAGCGCUGCAAAUAAAACCGCAAGCAGCAGCAUCUUCACCUGAGGGCAAGAAAGACCAGAAAAAUGCUAGAAAGACGCCCCCUCCACCAACAGCCAAAGAACUGGCAGAGGCAAAAGCCCGAGCCGCCGCGGAAGAGAAAGCGAAAAGGGAAGCCGCCGAGGCAAGAACGCUGCAAAUUCGACUUCGCGCGGGACGGAAGAUCCGCGAGAGGAACCUGCGAAGCGCGCCGGUGCGGGAGCGCAUCGACCGGAACUCAAGCCGGAACUGGAAAUUUUGGGAUGACGACGAAAACCCUUACGAGUUUGAAGAUCCUGGAUACCCGGUUCCGUGGUCGGAAAUCUUCCAAAUGGGAAAUUUAGGAGCGACCGAGGACGAAAAGCGACACUUGGUGGUGCGCGAGGUACCGAGAAGGGAACGGGUCGCGCCGGUGAAUCAAAAGGCUUUGGACAGGAUGAACCGGAAGUACAAAGCCAUGCAGAAGUGGGAGAUAAACUACAGAAACUGGUGGGUGGAAGCCGAAGAAGAGUACAACAACUCUUACGCCAAUCAACACGACGGCGGUGAACAAAGUUGUGAUGCCGAGGAAGAUGAUGUCCCCUUUUACUCUUUCACCGAGGGCGAAAUCAGAGAGAAGCUCAAGUCAAUGGACUGGUCUGAUCGUCAACUCCGUGCCGAGGCGCGGGAUGCUUUGCUCCGGGACAUUUGGGAUGUGCUGCGACGCUUUUCUGGAAGCAGUAGUGGGACUCCAGUGACAAAAUUAACGAGUGCCACAUCUCCGUCGGCGCCGCCGCAGAGCAAGAAAGCCAAGGGCAAAGGAAAGAACAAGGGUAAAGGCAAGGGAAAAAAAGCUGGCGCUGUUGUUCGUAGUGCACCUGCUCCUGUACGCAAAGUAGAACCAGAACGUCGUCCACCAAAGCGACCACUACCCUGCCUGGAGCAGCUUUACAAGCGGGCCAAGGCAACUGCUAUUAUUACACGCAAGGCACUAGCCGUGGUGCGGGAAAGAACCAAAGCGCGCGAAGUGGAAGAUGGAGUAGAAUUUCCACGCGAAGAUGUUGAAAAGAAAGUGGAUGAAACAGCAGUUGCUGGCAAGAGUAUGGACGAGCUGAAAGAGAUGAUGGCUAACGUCCUGCAGAGGCGACGUGAUAAAGACAACGAGAAAAAACGUGUAGAAGCGGACCGGCAACGAAAGAUUGAACUGUUGGAGAAACUGGUGCACAGCUCCGCCAUGGAACACCGUACACUACGCC